UUAUUAUUAUCUUAUAUUUAUGUAUCUUUAUUUUAUUCAUUUUAUCUUACUUUUUUUCCUUUUCUUGUUCGCCUUCUCUUUUUGGCAUCGAUAUCAUAGAUCGAUUAAUGUUAGCCGACCCCAAAUUCUUUUGGGAUUAAGACUUGGAUGUUGUUGUUGUAAAACCUGUCUCAAAGGCUAUACAGAUAAUGGAUAAGGGAGGGAGUAUUAAUUUUCUUUUUGACACGUUUUGAAAAAACACAUUUAUGGAAAGUCAAUAAAAGAGUUAUUUUGUCUUAAACCCCAUUAAUUAAUUCACAUUAGGAAUUUAAUUUAAUUUAAUCUCACUGGUCGGAGGAGAAACCAAAAGAGGCACUAACCCAGUUUUGCGAUAUAAAGGUGGUCCGAUAACCGGAUAAUCCAUAUCGUCCUGCUUCCACCGCUUCAAAGCAGCUGCUCAGACUCCAUUUCUCGCCGCAACCGCUGGCAACAUUAUGAGUUGGACCGUUCCGGGCGUUAUUUCACACCAUCGUGCACUUAUGAGCAUCGAGUACAUACGUGUGUUGAAUGUUCAUGGUGACAAACCUACCGUCGGUGGCGUGUACGGAACAGUGAAUGUCCAAGACUUUAUGGGCGUGCACAAGGUGUACGACCGGAGUUUAGUUGACUUCGAGAAGAAAGGCCCGGGAGAUGAUUUGACCCUAAUUGGCCCUGACCGUCCUUGUGGUGUUAGUGGUUACGACUGGUCCGUUAUUAGUGUCAAUCUACGGGGGGUGGAUCCUGACAUCGAGAUUGUGCAAGGCGAUGUUGUUUGGGAGACAAGAGUGGAGAACCGAACUUUCGCCAAUUAUAGCAAACGUUUGGAAAGGGUUGUGACAGGCAAACAUGGCAGUGCCGCGGUGGGUUUCUCCGUCAUGGAGUAUGCUCUCUGUGCAACUGUCACGGUGGUUCUGCUCAAUCACGGCCAGGAUGGUGGAGAAAAACCGGCACAUGUUUACGGCACAAUCAAGGCCUCCCAACUUAUAGGAGGCUCAUCGACAUCGCUUACAUUGUUCGAUAAAUCGUCGGACGAGUGCGUUGAAGUCUACCCUAAGAACGAUAUUGUGUUGACUCGUUCCAUUGUGGUGGUACCAUUGGACGAUGGGAUAACAAUUAGUGUUUCUCUGUGUGAUAGUAAUGACAGGGAAAUUGCUAAGGGAAAUGUGAAUUUUGAUUCUGUGUAUGGACCUCAAACCAAGACCAUAUAUGGUUCCGAACAUGGUGAAGUUGAGGUGUCUAUUUUUUCUGCCUAACCGAUUGUUAGUGCUCGAUCACAGAUUUUAUCAUCAAUCAAAAUAAUAAUCCUUGUGAUAAUAA